GGACGAACUCUCAGUCGUGAAUUAAUUAUUGUCAGAAUUAGUUGUAAUCCGAACAUUGGUAGCUUAUCAUACUGUUCACUUUUUGUAGCAUAAAGUGAGGUUAAAUAAUUAGUCAAUAUUGCUCCGGCGGUGAUUACAAGAAAGCGUUGCAAAACAAUGACGAAUCGCGUACAUCAGUUACCGGAUUCAUCAUCUUCACCACCUUCCUUACAAUUUGGAUAUAGUGCAGGAGACAUAUCUGAAGAUGAAGUUUCCGAUUUGCCAAGCUGCGUCUUUGCUUCAAGACCUUCGUCAAACUCAGGACUUCAGCAUCACUAUUUGACCAGCUUGCAUCACAAUUCAGACAGUCAAUGCAGUGGACCUCUUUCUAGUUCUGCGGACUACUACGGAUCCUCGCCUUACAGAGUUCAAAGACACGCUGCCAACAUUAGAGAACGAAAAAGGAUGCUGAGGUCUGCUAUUGGACCCACCGGCAGUAUAAACUCUGCGUUCGACGAAUUACGUAUGCACGUGCCAACUUUUCCUUAUGAGAAACGACUAAGUAAAAUCGACACACUUCGACUAGCUAUUGCUUAUAUCGCUUUAUUAAGAGAAGUUUUAACAGCUGAUUGCGAUCCACUAACUUACGUAGAACGAUCACUUCGAGGAGAAAUUAAAGCUGAUAGAGUUAAUUGGAAUACCAGUGAUUUAACAGCGAGAUUAUCGUGGAUCAACUGGGAAAAUUUGGGAGUUACUCCAAGUAGACGUAGUGCUUUAACCUCACUAGCACUUACUUCUGACAAUAACCAAUGAAUAAAAUGGCUUGAAUGAAAUAUAGUUUCAUAAAAAGAGGGAUUAUCAAAAUUAUACAAUGGUAAAACCCCAUUUCAAGACUAUUCACUGGUAUAUCAUUGAGGGGUUAAAUAAAAAGUGGUCGCUAGUUUUAUAAGGGCAUAAAAUUUAUAAAAAGUUUUUUUUUAUAAAUAAUUAUUUCGAUGAUUUUUCGAAAUCACAGAAAUAUUUUCUGUUCCAUGUUUUGAAAACAAAUUUGUUAAAGUUUAUAAUAUAAAAAGUAGAGAAAAACGGGAUUAUAAUUGGAAAUAAUGAUAAUAACAAAAACAACAAGUUGUAAAAAACUAGCUAAGGAGAUAAUAUUGCCCUGGAGAUGAUUUAGUGACUGGGGACAGAGGAAAAUAGAAAAGACGACACUUAUGUGUAAAACCAAACAAUGUGAAAAUGUCUUAAUAGAUUUAAACAAUGUUAUUGAAAAAAUGGUAAGAGAAUAUACCAAACCGUCACAACAAAACUUCUGGGUUCUUUAGGGCCGGUCGAAACUACACCGACGGUUAACAUCGGUUCGGUAUUAUAACGUAUUUGCAGCCAUCUGUUGGCCAGUCGGAGCUUUGCGCCGAAAAAUUUGCGUUGGCUGCACUGAGAGUUUAAUUUUAACCAAUCAAAUUCGAGUGAACUGACAUUUGCCGAGGAGAGUUUGUCAGUCACAGAACGAGUUUCCACGUUUAGUUUGACACUUCAAACUGAACUUUCGAUACAGUUGAACCAACAGUCAACCACCCGUUCGACCCCUGGCUAACGUUUAUAAUACGUAAAUUCGGCUUCAACCAACAGAUGCAUAUCAACCUAUGGUCUUAGGGACUUUAUAAUACCGACCCUUAGUGAAACAAAUACCUACACACGAUAAUUGUUUUGUUAUUAAAUGAAUAAUCAGUUUGUAAGAGGAACUACUUUAAUAACAGAAGUCGAAUUUUGUCGUAAAAAAUAGUGCUAAAUGCAAAUUACUUUUUCGAAUUUUAAAAUUGAUUUUUCAAACACACGAAUUUGUUAAAAGUGAAAAAUUAGAAUGUAACUAGUAGUGUAACAUAAGUUAUUUAUUUUAAUGAAGAAAUCACACAACUUUAUAACGAAAUUUUAUUGUAUUUAAAUAUUAUAUCUGCAUUGAAAAUUACUAUGGUGUAUUUCAUUCAAUCCACAGUUCAAAUUUUGAAUAUUCUACCGUCAAACUGCUGUCUCUUAUCAGGUGGUUUCAACCGUUUUAUAGACCAUGAUGUUAAUGAAUCUGGUAGAAAUCAAAUAGUUUUAUUGAUUAAAAUUUUUAUAUGUUAUUGUUUUUCUAUAUAAGAAAAUAAACCUUAUUUGAAAAA